AUGACAGUGGAGUUGCAGACCUCCUCCGCCAAGGAGUCUCCGGUGAACAUUGACAGCUUGCAGAAGCUCAUAAGUGAGGAGCUGGCAAAGUUGGAUGAGCCAAAAACCUUCAUUGAAGACGUGGCUGCUGCAUUACAAACCAAGAGCUCCAAGCACAAGUUCAUAGUGCUGGUAACAGAAGUCCAUGCCAACGAGUCAAUCAAUGAGAACUUGAAGAUCAAGGUAUCGGUAGGAACAGUGUGGGAUGGCGAUAAGGACGGCUACCACCACUUUAAGGUGGCUGCGGCCUCCACUUUCAUGGUCACAGUGUACUGGGUAUACGUUGGUUAA